AUGGCCUACAUUCAAGCAUAUAUUAAGAACAACUUGCAAGCGAUCGCUGAACUUAUACCUUCGGUAAAGAAGCAAUGUGGAGGCUGCUUGCCUUUGGCGUUAACAUUUGAGGAAUCAGUGCAACGAUGCCCUGAAUUUAGGGACCGCAACAACUUCGUUUUGUCUCUUAUGACUUGCGAACAUGUCGAUGCCUUUCACGAGGAAACUUUCGUUGAUGUUUGGGUUCUCAAAUCGUUGAAGGAAAACGAAACAAUGGCACAGUCUAGCCGUGGUAAAUAUAAAUUUGAAGAAGCCGAACCAAUGACUAUUUAUCUCACUAGUGAAUUGAGAGACUACCCUUUCUUAUCUCUGAAUAAAGAUAUCAGCGAAAAGUGUGUUUUAUUACGGAAAAUUAUCCCUAUUCCUCUUAAACGUAUAACAAUAGGAGCCUUAAGUAACGACUCAUUUAAAUGGGCUAGAGAAAAUUUGGCUAAUUAUCUGAUCAAUAUUAUUGAUAAUCGUUUGAUUAUGAUCAAACAAAAUGGCAACCUUGGGGAGGUUUUUGUCCAGAGCGAGUUAUAUGACAUGUUGUCAAUGCUUAUAGUACUCGAUACAACCCCGGUUAUGCAAGGGUUGAUAACUGAGGAGACCUCGUUAGUGAUCUCAGAUAUUCAUAGAGAUGACCUCAAAAAGUGGCAAUUGAAACGCCUCAAGUCAAUACAGGGUGGCAGCAAUGUGCCACACCUACCUUUGCUGAAAAUGCCUGGUACCAAACAAACCCAUCUUGUCAUACCACAGACUAUAUACCUUGAUGAACCAGAUGCAGGUUUCGUAGAAGGUCACAAAAUGGAAGUGCUAACCACUCUAAAGGUUUCCUUACUAGAAACACCUUUUUGGAGCAAAAACUUGACAGUUUUUGAUAGCGUUGCUGAUGCGGAUAACCAAAUUUGGAUUACAAGGACAACCAUAUCUAAGAUGGACUUAAACUGUGGCAGCUGGGUACGAUGUCGGGUAAAUGGAAAUCCUAAGACCAAUGGCAAGUCUAAGGUUCAAAAAAUUAGGCUAGCACAAGUCUUUCCCAUUGAAGAGCACCCUUCCUCAGAAUGCAUCUGGAAAAAUCCACACACCAUUAAAGAUGAUGAAGAACUGUUUCACAAUGGGAUAGCAUACAUCUCGCCUGUCUUUAUGUGUAAUUUGCUUCAACGUCCUAUUGAGGAUGUAAAUUCAAUCAUGUUAUUUAUAGAAAGAGCAGAGCUUAGGGAAUCACCACCUUACUUUGCAAAAGAAGUCAGUGUUUCUAUGGUUACAUCACCGGUAACAAAAAUUACGAACAUGUAUGAUGUCAUUCUCACAAACCACUUCACGACCCCCAGACUUGUGUCAGCUGGUGACGUCCUUUCUGUUUAUUGCGACUGGAAGAACUUGGAAGCACCUAACACUCAGGUAGCUUUGGAUGAAGGCCUACCAAGAAGUCAUAUACUUUAUGUUAGGGUGAAUAAAGUCUCGGGGAAUGAUGAAAGUUUGUCAUAUUUUGUUGAUGCAAGGCAAUCCAAGUUGUAUCAGGUUUGUUGAAAGAUGAUGGGCCGCCUAGGGGCUUGUAGGGAACCUGGGAACAAGGCAUGUUUUGCAAUGGGAACACAGGAACAAAGGGAACAUGUAAGAGGGUCUAGAUGGGAGGUCUGAAAAUCAAUAAACGAUAAAAAUUGGGUAAAAUUUUUAGUGUUUUCAUGACUGACGGUAACCAAAAUUGAGCAAUCACGACUCACAAUAUAACCCAUCAACACCCUCUUGUAAGCUGGGGAACAUGGUGAAAUCUUUGUGGGGAACACAGGAAGAAAAUUUUCAAUGGAAAACAGGACCCCCCCCCCACCCAGGAGACCCUCAAAGAUGUUUACAAGUGUCAAGUCCAUCUAUAGAAAUAUGGUAUAUUUACCUAAAUAAAUGUAUAACUUUGUUUACUACCUUUUACCUGCACAACUUUAUUAAAAGUAGAUCAAAUUCCUUAUUUCUGUGCAAAAUUGGUAUGAGUUUCAUUCAUAUGCCGAAUGCAUAUGUAAAUUUGACAUUUGAGCUGCUUUUACUGUUUUGAAAUGUUCAGUCUACAUAGGUUCUUGUUAGUUUGCUUUAAAUUUGGUGACUUUCUGGUGUAAAAAAGUCCUGAUAUACCGGUACUGAUAUUGUCAGUAUUUUGACUUUGAUCUAUAUUGGUUUAGUAUUCUGUCAAUACUACAACAUACAGUAGCAAACAGUAGGAGCUGUCAGUUAACUCAUUAAGCUGCAUUGUGCAGUGACGUGCUUGAUUUUGUUAUUUUACUCAGUCUAAUGCCAGAUGAUUUCACUUGUCAAGGGGAGAGUGCUUUUACUCAUUAGGGUUAAAGUCAUCUACUUGUCCCAAUGGAAUUUUUAUUUGAAGACAGUUUAUUGAAUACCUGUUUUAGGAUGAAGUGUUACAAAGCUAUGUUCCAUCCUCUGCUGAGCUAUUUGUACAGAAUUGUGCCAAAAUAAAACAACCGAGAUCCUCAUAUUGGCUCACCACACAUCCAGGAGGGCUUGAUGGCCAUGUUUCCAAGUUGGAAACUGCCCUCAGAUCAUUACUUUAUACCAGGUAAAAACAUAUUAUGACACCUCCCUUGAUAUACAAUCACAGCAGUCAAAAUUUCUUUAAUUGGUGCAAUCAAACUGGGUAUUGGGAGUGGGGUAUAAUGUUCAUCAUCCCCAUAGUGGAGGUUUGCAAUUACCAGCGGCUAACUGGCAACAUGCUACUAACCAGUCCACCCUACAGUUGACAGUGUCAACAUAACUCCAGGCGCAAUUUUACUUGUCAAGCAGUCAAGGAGACUUCAACCAUUCUCUAUAAUGCGAUUUAGGAUUUGGUAGUUAGAAAUAUUGAACGGAAAUUAUAUACAUUUCUUUAAGACCUAACCGGGAACAGUUGAGAAAAAUUCAACAGGUCCUCCGACAGGUAUUGAACCUACGCCUGUGUGAUGCCGGUGCACUACUCUGAGCAACGGAGGUAGUUGUCAAGAGCAGGCAUAAAGCUCAUGUACUGUACAAAUACAGGUGAUGCGGGUAAUGCCGUGAAAGUUUGAGGGUAAAUCGUAAGCAAUUUUUUUUUGGCACUUCGCUCGUUGUGACAUAUAAUAUUCAGGAUUUUGUAAAGAAAUCUCUAUAAUACAUCCGUAUGUCUGUGAAUUUUAUCUUAUGUCUGUGAAUUUUAUACUUCAAGGGGAAAGACUUAGAUAUUUACCCAUUAGUAGCAUUGUGCCCUACUUUAUUAUUUUACUCUAUCUUAUGCCAAACGAUUUCAAUUUUAUAGUCUCUUAAUUUAAAUGUUUACUAUAUAGUUCAUCAAGUGAUGUGUUUCCAAUACUUCUCAGUGGUCCUGCUGGAGUGGGAAAGAAGACUGUUGUUAUGGCAACAAGUCGUAGACUAAAUCUACAUGUAGUCGAGGUGAACUGUUAUGAGAUAGUUGGUGACACUACUGCCUCAACUGAGGCAAGAAUGAGAAACAGCUUUCACAAAGGUAUAUUUAAGAAAGGAAUUAUAACUUUGUCUAUACAACACUAGUCAAGCUUUUUUAUAUAAUGAGAGUGAAUGCUGGAGUACAGUAGAAAGUUGCAGUAGAAAGCUGUGGUGUGACAGAUAUGCAACUUCCGUACCUGAAAAAUAUAAGCAGGACCAGUCGGGUAAGCGUUAGGGUUGGUUCAUCAAACAUUUAUUAGGUUUUGAACAUUUUUUCAUAUGUAGAAAGUACAUGACAUGAAAGUAAGUGACAUUCUGUUCUAAUGCGCCCUACUUUGUUAUUUUACUCUGUCAAACGCCAGAUGAUUUUACUUGUCAAAGGGAAUGUGCUGACACUGAAUGGUUAAAAUUAUGUUUCAGCAUUUUCAUGUGCACCCUGUAUUCUACUUCUAUCAAACAUUCACUGUUUGGGCAAAAAUAAAGACAACCAUGACAAGGAACCUCGCAUUAUAACCACCCUCAUGAUAAACCUUCAGCAAAUCCAGAGAGUCUCGCAAUAUCCUGUUCUAGUCCUGGGAACCACUUCCAACAUUCAAAGCAUGACGUCAGAUCUUCGCUCGUGUUUCUUGGACGAAUUUGAAAUUGAGGCUCCAGCCGAGGGUCAAAGGGUGGAAAUGUUACAAGCCUUAUCCUCAGGUAUGGAGGAAAAUAAACAUAUUUUUUUUCAAAUUGAAUGGAGCCGCUAAUUAGAGAGAUAUGGUGUCCAUAUUAAAGAGGUGUCUGUAUUAGUACAAGUAAGGUUUUAUUCUGCUGAUUUUAGAUAUAUUUGUUUCAAAAUUUGUUUUAUUUUAUGUUUUUCAAAUUUUUGUCUGGAAUUCCACAGCGUUCCUCGUCGGUCCCGGAGUGUCCUUCAAGGCGCUGGCCAGUCGUACUGCAGGAAUGGUUCUCGCCGAUUUUUGUACGAUGUUCUCCGAAGCAGUUCUGCAAGCAAAAGAUGAUAUCAUGGAGUACCUCAAGGGCAUGCAGUUGGUCCCUCAUGAAGAAAAUCUUCAAAACUGGGAUUAUCACCAGAAGCUGAUAGAGUUGCAGAAGGAUGUUUGUAGUGCUGGUUUGUUCGAACUAACACAUAUAUUUUGAUAUUAUACGCCAAGAGUAGGGUGGACCGGUUCUUAUAAAAUUGCUUUUUUAAAACACUUUCGCAAGUAAUAAAAUACAGUGGUGGAUCCAGCAAAGUUUUUUUGGGGGGGUGCUAACCAAUGGCGAGGGUGGUCCAGGGGCAUACUCCCCUGGAAAAUUUUUAAAAUUUGGGUCUCUGAAAUGACAUUUCCAGCAUUCUGAGAAAACAUUCUGGAAAAUUUUUAGAUUCUCAAAACAUUUAAAAAUUCAGAAUAUUUAAUAUUGGCUAUUCCGCUAUUGUCAACUAGUGAUACGCAACUGAAUUCCUUAACAUAAGUUGGUUAGAAUUAGGAUAAACGUCAUUUUUGACCCCCGUAAAUCCACCACUGAUAAAAUACUUGACUGGGACUCUUGGGAAACAGUUUGUUUGGUGGACCCUCGACUGCAAAUGUUUCCCUCAGCCAUUUUGAAUGCUUUCAGGAGGCUGAUGGCCUCUCCUUAACUCGCUAGCUAGGAACAUGGUGGCCAGUCCUGCUAACCUCAAAGGUGAGCUUUAGAGCUCGAUACUGAACUGUCUCUCUGUAGCUCAGUAAAGUUGGUUGGAGCACUGCACCAGAAUCACAGGGUCGCAGGUUCGAUUCCUGGCAGAGGGCCGAUAGUUGCAUUUUUCGCAACUGCUCUUGGCUAAAUCUAAUAAAUGUAUUAAAAUCCACUCGGAAUUUCCAUCUACAUAACCCCAAAGGAGCCGACACGAACUCAGACUUCUGUAAGUCUUUAUUCUGUGACCGCGCGCAGCAAAAACUCUCACCCAGUCUCAUAACCCUAACCUAAAUAUACCCUAACCCUAACCCUAACCAGCUCAAAAUUGAUGAGAGUUGAUGAGAGUUGUUGGUCAAAGCCGAGCAAGAGUUAUAACUGUGAUCAAUCUUUUGGAACAAUCUGUUCUAUUUAGGUAUUUUACUUGAUCAAAAUCACUUUGACAAAGCAAUCCAAGUGCUACAAGCAGCUCAUGCAGACAGUAUCGGAGCUCCAAAGAUCCCGAAUGUGUGUUGGAAAGAUAUUGGCGGUCUCAGCGAUGUGAAACAAGAGAUUAUGGAUACCAUUCAACUGCCAUUUCAAUAUCCGGAAUUAUUUGCCGCUGGGCUGCAACGGUCAGGUAAGCAAUAAUACGCUUUAGGAAUAUCUGAAGCCUUGGUCAAACGAGAAUGAGAGUUGAUAAGAGUUGAGGAGCGAACGUUUUUUCUCAUCUCUCAUGCCCUGGUCAAACGAGAACAGAGUUGCAUGAAAGGUGACUGGUAUUACCGCGAGCGCUGUUGAUCAGAGUUGUAGCUCAAAGUUGAUCAGAGUUGAUGAGAUUGCACGAGAGUCGAUGAGAGUUUGCGGUCGAACGCGAGCGAGAGUUGCAACCCCUCAUCAACUCUCAUCCUUAUUUGACCAGGGCUUUAAGGUUAACCUCAUUUCUAGGAAUUCUGUUAUACGGACCACCGGGUACAGGAAAGACGUUGGUAGCAAAAGCCGUCGCCACAGAAUGUUCGCUCAAUUUUCUCAGGUGAAUUUUUUUAUUAUUAUUGUUAUUAGUUAGAAGUACAAAUCCAAUGAUUUAUUAUAUUUGUCUAUAGCAUAGCAAAUUGGACUAUUUUUAACAUGUUCAUUUUCCCCCAUGAAAUUAUAAUACUUUGAUUGUUCAACUUUUGAUUUGUUUGGGUGGUAAACCUUAUACAAGAAAACAUGCAAGUCAAUAUGUAUAAACAUAUUGACUUGCAUGUUUUCUUGUAUUUGAAGAGCUUAUGCAACAAAGUACCAUUAAGGAAUCAUCACUCAUUUCUUUUCAUUAAUUUUGUAUGUUAAUUGGUAGUGUAAAAGGGCCAGAACUCAUUAACAUGUACGUUGGACAAAGCGAAGAAAAUGUCCGCGAGAUAUUUGCGACAGCUUCAAGAGCGGCGCCAUGUGUAAUUUUCUUUGAUGAACUUGACUCACUUGCUCCAAAUCGUGGACGAAGUGGCGACUCUGGAGGAGUGAUGGAUAGGUAUGGAUCCCAACUAGCAUUUCACUUUUCAAUUUGUCCGUUCGUUUAUAUCAAGUAGAGAGUUUUCAUUUAAUACAAAACAAUCCAAAUCAGUAGUACACUACAUUCCAUUCCAUUACAUUACGGUGCAAUGAACACUACAUUAUAGAGUAAAUUUUAAUACAGUACAGUAUAGUAUAGUACAAAGUAAGUACACCCUUCCAGAAAGUACGUCACUUUGGCUAUAGAGCCUCGUUUUCGUGUGUGUGACAUCAGUUAAAGCCCAACGUCUCAAUCACGAAAACGAGGCUCUAUACCCAAGGUGACGUACUUUCUGGAAGGGUGUAUUGCAAUACAGUAUUUAUUGUAUGUAACAGAUAAUCACAAAAUGACGUAAAAUUCGAUACUUUGCAAUGAAAUGUAGAAUUUAUUCAUUGCUAUGUACUGACUUGUGUUAAAUUAUUUUCGUAAAACAUAGAGUUGUUUCUCAACUUCUCGCUGAGCUGGAUGGAUUGAAGAGGUCACGUGAUGUGUUCGUGAUUGGGGCGACAAACAGGCCCGACUUGCUCGACCCAGCUCUCCUCCGACCUGGCAGAUUUGACAAACUUUUAUAUCUUGGCAUCAGCAAGGAGAAAGAAGACCGAAUGAAAAUCAUGAAAGCUUUGACUCGAAAGUAAGUUACAGACAGACAGACACAGACAGACAGACAGACAGACAGACAGACAGACAGACAGACAGACAGACAGACAGACAAACAUUACUCCAACUGGACAGUCAGAGUUAUCCAUAGAUAUUUUAGUAUUUAGAUUGCAAUCAAUGCUCUUCCGAUCUAUGUUUUCUGAUUUCGAGAAUGUUGUGAAGGUUGAAUGAAAUUAUUUCUGAAACUCUAGAUUCGAUCUCCCAGAAGAAAUAAAUUUGGGCGAUAUAAUUGAUAUGUGUCCUGAAAACCUGACCGGAGCUGACUUCUACGCCUUGUGCUCGAACGCAUUGCUGAACGCCAUCAGACGACAAAUACUUGACCAGGAUUCAGGUGUGCACGCGUGAUUUGAUUUGAGUAAUAAUUUCAGUUUAUUUUUCGAAGGAAAGUGGAGGAAACUUUACAAUUAUCCUACAUUUUGUUUCGUAGCUGCUACAAAGGCUGAACUAACACAGCAAGACUUCGAGUUAGCUAUCGAAAACCUGGUUCCUUCAGUAUCAGAUGUAGAAUUAAAGCAUUACGAGAAAAUUCAGUGGGAAUUCAACAAGAACAAACAGGCCGAGAAAGAAGUUGAUGUUGGGGAACUGGAACUAGAUGGAAGACCACAACCGGAAACCAUCUUGUGACAACUGGCGCAUGUUGUGAAGGUUUGUUGUUUAGAAAAAAUAGUGCAACGAUUUAAAUGGGAACAUCUAAUGCGAAUAUGGAAUUUAAGCUUCAAUUACAUUGUACGGAUAUUUUAAUUUUUAACCAUUUAUCUCUUAUCUUCCCCAAUCUUCACGUCAAAUGAAUAAUGUAUUAUUUAAAAAUUGCUCAACAGACCUCGUGGAAUUCCAACUGACCUAUCGGCAUGUAAAAACGGCAAAAAAUUGCCAACCUCAUGCAAUAGACCUUUAACUUUAUAACUAAAAUUUUGAUGUAGACAAAAAUUUCAUCACAGCUUGAAAGAGCAUCACAAAAUUAGUAAUAUUCCAAAGUUUCGUUACGAAAUGUUGUAAAAUGCGGAUAAUAUAGCCCUGCGAAGUUUGCCGUUUUUCAGUAAUUUUGUAUUACAAUUUCCAGUUUGUAAUACAAAAUGAUCAAAGAAAAGAAGAAGAUUAAGAAGAACAUUAUAUCAAAAUGUAUCGUGUUUCAUUCAUAUUGGGUGUGUAUUCACUGAAAUGAAAUGUACAAAACAAAGUGUAAUCGAUGUGCAUCACCGGAAAUGUAAUAUACAAAUCGGGUGCAUUUUUCAGUGUCAUUUACCGGAAAUGAAAUGUACAAAACCAAGCUACUGCUGUUUGCAUUUAAGGGGAAACACGUUGGGAAAAAAAACACCAUUUAUUCCUACACAAGGACUUUGAUCGGUCAAAAAAACUUUCCCAAUUUACGUUUAACGGACAAAACUUUUUUUGGCUAACACCCUGGGGCCGGUUGUUCAAAGGUGGGUUAGCGCUAAUCCUGGGUUAAAAUUUAACCUGCUGUUUUAGUUUGUGUAUUUCUGCACGUUUGUUUAUUUCAAAACUUCAGAGAAGUAAACUUCUAUCGAUCUAGACAAGAUCUCUGAAGAAAUAUCUCCAAAUUUAUGUCAAAGCUAUCGGGAAGUUUGCUUUGAAUUUUAGGUUAACUUAGGGUAAAACUAACCAAGCUUUGAACAACCGACCCCUGAAAUGAUAUAUUUUACAUCCUACAUCUCACCAUGCAAAUCUAUCAACUCGUACAAAUAUACAUUUGGCAGUUAGCAUACAUUUUGUAAAUAAAUAUAACUAAACUACAGUGUCAAAUAAAGUAACCUGUUUGUGUUGUUUCAACUGUUUUUCCUUGCUGCGUUCGAGAUCGCCAUUUAAUACCAGACGUUUCUUUUUUAUUCCUGAUUAGCUUUAGCCUCUUUAAACAAUUUGACAUCUACCUACAAAAAAGCAAGGAUUUUGUCUUACACGAUAAAGGCCUGCAUGAUUAGGGCUGGAUUAUAAAAGCUGUUUACGACCUUCAGAGUGUUUGACGUCAAUGGCCGCCAUCUUGGCUUCACUUUUCUCAUAACUAAGUUCUUGCUCUGGAUAUAUGUGGAGCACUGCGAUGGAUAUACAUAUAUCCAAGAUGGCGGAAUGCAUAAUGUUCUGUUUGAAAAGAAGUGUAAUAUCUUUUGUACCAAUAUCUUUCGUUCCCUUUAAUUAAGGCAAUUUCCGACAAUAAAACAACAAAAAAAUGUAUAAGAGUGAAUAGACAUUGACAUGGUUAAUAACGCUGACCUUUUUCCUCAUCCUGUAUACGUCUUUCAUUCUCGAGCUCAUAAUACAAGUUAUAGUGCCCUUUUUUUUCAUCUCCUCUUGUUAAUUCGUCCAGUACUUUUUCAACGGAUUUAUUGAGCUGGCGUGAUAUAAUCAAUUCAUUUAUUCGGUCUCCCAAACGCUGUGUUAAUGGACGUGCCUUGGCCAACUUAACCUCAGAAAACAGCUGUCUGUCAAGAUGAUUAUCACCAUUUAGACGUUUUCUGACGGAUUCAAAAGCUUCGUGCUGAUAGCACAUAAACAAAUGCAAGUGAAGCUUUUGCUUGUGUGGUUUUGUUCCAGGGAAGAUGUUUCCUAGAUCAAACAUCCCAUCAUCAAGUUCGAGUAGCCCAUUUGCGUUACCAUGCCCAACGUAGUAAAGGUGCUUUACGGUUGCUGGUUUGUUGAGAAAUUGCUGACUGUACUGUAUUGUUGCCGGUUCACAAUUUCGGACGAAAUCAUUUGGCUGAAUCUGAAUGGGCGUAUGUUUGAGGCCAAUAAGUUCUGCCAUAUUUUUUUCAUCGGUUUCUUUGAGAGAUGCAAUACUGCCAUCAUGCUUUCCAAAAAGCACCAGUAUUUCUUCACCCAUUUUGUCCCCUUGUUACGUUUCGCAGUUACAAGAUGUACUAUCAGAGAGAAAGAGAACGCAAUUAGCGGUUUAGGGAAGUAUAGAUUUUGCCAGGGCGCUAUAAAUCCACACGCGGCGUCCUGGUUUCGCCACCAGUUUUUUUUUAUUAAAUCUGGUAAACUUCCACGUAGAGUAAGAACGUUUAUUAGAUAAUAGGCGUUUACAAGUGAGGGACGGCUAUUACAAAUUCCGGUUUAAUUAACCGGGACUAGAUACGGGGGCGUUCAGAAAUUAGAGACAAGAAAUAUUAGAAAUUCUAUACAUUAAUUAUACUGUUUUACGUGAAUUUAUCGGUUUAUGUAGCCUUUUGGGGGCUUUCUGACAAAUUUGUGGAUUCUAAUUUCGCCAAGUCGUAUCCUGUAACUAAAAGGCAGCCAAAUACAGUAAACACAAAGCUAACAAUCCAUAAUGCUUUAUUUUAUGCACAUGCAUGAUAAUACUGGAUAUCGGAUUUGAAAUAUUACACGAACUUUUUUAAUUGUCUAUCGUAGAUCAGUGUUAGUAUACUAGUCUAUAGAGUAUUUUGUGUUUCAUUGUUAUAAUCAACCAGUCGCAGACUGUUCUUAUUCCGACUACAGUGCAGGGCAGUCACAUACAUUGUAAGGCCAACUUAUGUGUUACUCUGAGUGUAUAUCCACACCGGGCGAGCUUGAAAAAUAUAGCCCGGCCACGGUGGGAUCCCAGAGUAACACCACAAAUAUCAUGAUUCAUACCGUCAUUUUCGCACGCAAUUUCGCAAAUUAUUAACACAAUUGCAGUACAGUCAACAGAAAUACUACAUAUAUUAGAGCCCGUUGAUCAAUAAAAGUUGGUUUUUUUUUUAAAAUAAAAAAUAAAAAAAAAUCCUGAGCGGGGCCUUUUUUGUGGGCGGGCGGAGACGCUAACCAACUAUCUUUCUCACACACCGCUGGGAGCUGCUGCAGCGUCAGCCGCAAGCUUGACAUUUAUUAAUUUAAACUACCAUACAUUACAAAUGCUCGCUUAAUAAUUACCCUAACAGGUACAUAUAUAUCCAAUCCAACGCCGUUCUGUACUAAUAAACAUAAAAGGGCUGGGUGGGCGGGAUACUGUCAAGCUACGGUGAGCAACAACAAAAAUAUGCUCAUAUAACCUGCACCACCCUGUGCCCCCAGCAGUGUGUGAGAAAACAUUUUCCGCUUCUUUUGUGCCUCAGCCAGCGGAAAAUAACACUGCUCACACACCGCUGGGAGCUGCUGCAGCGUCAGCCGCAACCACACAACGCAUAGAGUUAUUUUAUACAAUUUACGCCUUCUGCAUUGUUUUUGUAACAUGAAGUAACGAGUUUUUUUACUCAACAAUGUAAUUGUUCUUUGCCUUCGCAGUACGCCACCCUCCUUGCCUCUGUAGCAGGCGGUCUGGAAUACCCAGAGCAGCUGCAGUUGUAGCGCCACCAGAUCGUAAACUGUGAAGACCAUAAUCUUUAGCAUCAAGACCUUCCUUCACCAAUUCUUUCUUGAACAACUCGCUAGCACGGCUGUAUGUCAUAGGCGUACUCCGAAGUACCUGACCAUAUUUGGUACUCUGGAUACGUCUCCAAAUGGAGAUUCCUGGCUUAUGACGUCCCUUCCCCAGAAAUUUUUCAACCACAGCUACCGGGCAUGGUGCUCUGUCCGCUCUUGCAAUCAGGACUUGCGUUCCUUUCCGGAACUGGUCAUUCUUUCUCUUCUCCAGGUGAACAA